AUGGACGUCGCGGAGGGGCGGAAGCAGCUGUUCACGGGGUCUUCGGACGGCAUGGUCAAGCUCUGGUCGUGGGAGCAGAGCUUCGAGUGCGUCCACACGGUCGAGGCCGGAGCGCCGGUCGAGGCGAUCCUCGUGUUUGACGAGUGGCUCUUUGCGGGCACGCAGGCGGUCGGGGGGAGGCAAGGGGUGGUGCGCGUGUGGCACAUGGGCAACGGCUUCGAGCAGACCCUCGAGGGGCACCAGGGCUCCAUCUGGUGCCUCGCGCAGGGAGGGGCCUACCUCUUCUCCGCCGGCGACGACAUGGGCGUCAAGACGUGGCAGUUUGCAGAGUCGCCGGCGGGCUUCGCGCCGGUGGUGGAGCUCAAGGGCCACCAGGCGCCGAUCCAGGUGAUGAAGACGGCGGCCAACAUCCUGCUCUCCGCCGACCGCAACGGGGCGGUCUGCCUGUGGGACCUCGCCUCCGGCUCGCUCACGCUGCAGAUUGCGACGGAGCACACCAACCUGCUGAUGGCGAUGUGGGUCGAGGAGUCGCACCUGUUCACUGCGGCCCUCGACGGGCACGUCAAGGUGUGGUCGCCGACCGGCGAGCUGCUGCACGACCACACCGUCACCAACCAGCACGGGCAUCCCUCCGGCGUGACGGCGAUGGCGGUCGUGUCCGAGCCGACGGCGGGCGGCGAGGAGGGCGACCAGGUGCUGCUCACGGCGAACGUACUCGUGUGGGAGUUUAUGAAGGCCUGA